AUGGAGGAAAUAGAUCUCCUCUUCAAUUAUCAAGUGUGCCUUUUGAAUGAGUUCAAGGAAGAUGACGUUGCGAAUAACUUUCCAAAGGUUAAGCAAUCCUACGAAGGAAUACUGCUAUCGAUCUUGGAGGAAGUGAAAAGUUAUCAAGCGGAUUUAUGCAUCAGACGGAAGGAUCAAAAUGGAAGUGAAGGUGUGCCGACAGGGAAACCACAAGACCACUCCGUUGAUGAAAAUGCUCAUGAAGAAAUUAUCGACAUACCUGAAACGCACACACAUGGAUCAAGCAAAGGAGUUCGGAAGAGAAAACGAAAUGCGAAAUCAGAAGAACCAUCGAAGAAGGAAAGCCUAAGCGGAGACGAAAAGGACAACGCAAGUGAAAAACGAGAUGGUGGCAACAACGAAGGUAACGCAGAUGUUAGUGAGAACAUCGAUAACUGCGAUGUCACCAAGGGGAAGAAGAAGCAUAAGGACGAUUCUCACCUCUGUAGGGACAGUCCACCACCUGCCCAAGUGACAAUGAAGUCGACAGAUACACACACCCAUGGAGGGAGAGAAAAUGAAUUUAUAAAAGUGGAAGAAGAUUUUAAAUUCCUAACUGCAGAAGACCUGCAAUUUAAAAUCCCCUUAAAGGAACAGUGUGAUUUAAAAGGAAUAUUCAGCAAUUUUCUGGACGAAAUUAAAGAUAAAAAUUACUUCAACGUGUAUAGACAAAUGUACGUAGAAUCUUUUAGGAGGAAUCAGGGGAAAAUACAAGACCACUCGAUCCUCCUUUCCAGUGGAAUCUACCAUGGAGGAAACUUCACAAAUAAUAACUUCCAACAUCAAACAUCUCUUCCAACUAAACAGGGAGGAGUAGUUGAGCUUGUAAAUUUCUACGUUGAAAAGGUGAAGAGCAAUUUGUGUAUAUUUUACUUCGACCUCUUCUUGUGCGUCCUAAAAGGUACCGUGACGGUGGAUUGUGCAGUCAAUUUUAUUUCUCAAGAUUUGGCUGCUGUUCACCGGGAUACCUUUGGGAAGUUAUUGGAGGUGGUCACCACGGGGGAUAAUAAAAACGGAGUGAUGAUUAACAAGUCAGAGAAAUGCGAGGAAAACCAACUACUCGAAGAGAAUUUGGCGGGACAUGUGAAAGAACUUAUCCUCAACAGCCUCCACUAUCUGAUCGAGGUCGUUGAACAGAUGAAAGAGCACAAAUGCGCAAACUAUGCCAAGUACAAGGAUAUCAUCUCCAAAUGCCUCAUGCUACUGCAGGCCAAAAAGAUUAUAACAUACAAAGAAGCCACCACAUAUAUAGAGUGUAGGAAUUUCGAUAAGCUCACCAUCUUCAACAAAGAACUGUACAAACUGGUUACAAAAAUGAGAACCAAAAAUAUGUACAGCAUAUGGGUUUACAAUUUAUUAAGGGAAAAUGUAAAUGGCUACUCAAAAAUUAUUUUCCUCCUGGAAACCUUCUUUUCCACCCAUAGGAGAGACUGUUCAUCGGGUGAAUCUGCUAGUAAUAAACAAAGAGACAAGUUAAGGAAAAAAAAAAUUAUUUCGGAACUUUCCUUAAAAUAUAAACUUCGCGGCAGGAGGAUUAUUGAAAAAACGAAAGAGGAGGGUAGAGGACAAAUUAUCCAGAGUAGUGAUCUAAAACUGAAGGGGAAGAGUCCACCUUCCGCAGACCACAGUGAGGGGCACUCGCCUGGUGAUGUUUCCCGCUCAACGUUGUGCACUCCUGAAGCGGAAGAGCCUCCCACUCAAGCUGAACCAGAAGCGAAUGCCGAGCAGUUUACUCAUGGAGAACUGCCCCCCUGUGAGGAACACAUCACCUUCCCAAAAGCAAAAAAAGAACUCACCCAGAGGAAACACACCUUGAGAAAAAGCAUAAGAAGGUCAUGGCAAAGACACCUGAACUGUUACUACUGUACAGACUUGAUCAAAUUAAAAAAUAAAAUUUUUACCAUCGCGGGGCUUCACAACUUGUGCCCACGCAGGGUACUCUCCAUACUCAUUUUCUUCUAUGAACAGUAUGUGGAUAGCCCGAAACAAUUACUACCUCUUUUCUUCCUAUACACAAAGGAAACCAUCACAGAUAUUAUUCUCCUUGAGUUGAAAAUAAAGAAUAAUUACAUCAAGGAGGAGGAACAGAAGGAAUUACAAAAAUUAAAAUAUCUCCAUCGAAGUGAAGAAGACAUGGGAAGAAGCAAUUCAGACUCGAGCAGAUUCCUAGAUCAUUUUUUUUUGAAUAAAAAAAAUUUCUUCACUCCAAACUACUUCAAGAUGUGUUCCAUUUUAAUUCUAAAUGACCUACUCAAUUUUAACACCUUCUAUGAGCACAUACUCCCAAAUGAUGAGCUCUUGAAAACUGCAUUUGAAGAGCUCUAUAGAAAGCUCUGUGUAGAUUAUGAGAAACCCACUUCCGAGAGGUUGACUCCUUUUUUUAUCCCUCACCUACCCAUGGAUAUAAGCGAGCUGCACCUUCUGUACAAUAAAGUGCGCAAGUACAAUCAGAAAAUAAGAACUUCUGAUCGGUCUUCUACCCGACAUGGAAAUCCCAUGGAUCAUAGUUACAGUAACAGCUCCGGAAAUAAUAACCAACCCUCUGGUGGUUCCCUGCAGAAGGGCAAUUCGCACUCAAAUGAAAAUAUGGGGGAGGUUGUCACUUCACAUGGUGGGAGCAAUUGCAGCUCUAACAUCAUCACGGAUGGAGCGAUCCUCAAAGGGGGAAAGAACUCCAAAGGUGGAACUUCAUCAAACACAACGAACACGUUUACCACUCCUGACAUAUCCCGGAGCAGCCUGUCAAAAAUCUUCGAAGAAGGGAAGCCAGAAAAUGUGCACGACCGCGUUGUGCACUAUCUCCUGCAUUACAAGAGUGUCGACAUAAAAAAAAAAAACGAACAAAUUGCCGAUCUUCAGAAUAAGGACCCAAUUGAAUUUUUCAUUUUUGACAUGAUUCACAACAAAUCCAAUAGUGGAGAAAAUUUCGUAAAAAAUUACAUCGACAGGGAAGUGCAACUGAGGAACGAAAUGACAAACUCGAAGAAUUUGUCCCACACCAAUUCAUAUGACUACCUCUUCCUUGAGGAUGAUAAUUAUUUCUUUCUACUAGGUCGACUUUUUUUUAUUAGAAAUCCCAAGUUUCUAUUUCUAUCAUCUCUGAUAAAUUUAAAUGCAUGGAGCUAUGUCGCUACGUUACUGGAACAUAUGGCUAGCUACCAGUGCAAUCCCUUCCUCAACUACUACGUCAGUUUGUCUAUGUCAAGGCUCAUUGGGCACUCAAUAACAUCAUUCGAGAAGGCAUAUCUUAAUAACGAAUCUUUUAGGGAGACACAAACAACCAAUGGAUCAAAACAAAAAUCUCGACCAGUGCCUAAUAUGCGCAAGACGACCAAGUUAAAUGAAGUAGAACCUACCUCCCCUCAGGAUGGCACCUCUGACAACGAGAGUGCUACUACUAAAAAUGAUCACAACGAUGGACCCUGUUUCUUCUGCAAAAUUCAUCUCGACACCAAGAAGCUUUACAGCUACCAGUGCAUCAAAGUUCUGAACCGGAACAAGACACACUUACAAAACCUGUUCAGAAAUGAAAACAAAAUUGAAAAGAAGAAAAAAAAAAUGAAGCAAAUUCUAAAAAGCGUUAUUUAUCGUGGCAGGGACAACACCAGGGGAAGGAAUGUCAAGAGUGAUGAGACCAACUUUGAUAGUCACUCCCUUUACCAGAAAGAAAAUGGAAUUAUGAAGAAGAUAAGCAACUCAAAUAAGUGCAAUCGUUCAUCGACCCUGUUUCGCCCUUUGAGGAAGCAUCUCCUUCUAUGCUCUACCGCCCCACCAUCUGAGGAUUCAUCCGAGGCGGAUUCGCUCGACUUUGCACCGAAUGGGAAGAAUGAAGGAGGGGUGCAGGACAACCAGGCGUUGGUUACCAAGGUGGAUGCAUCUGUUAAAAUGGAACCGAUGAGCAGUGCAGACCCAGCGACGAAUUUCGAUAACUUUCUUAACUUCUUCUCGUCCAAUCGAUCCAACAACUACAUGAAGAAAAUAAAAAACGUGGAGGAUUUUUUCAACAGAACAUUGCAGUAUGUGAAAUAUCUGGGCUAUUUUGGUUACCUUUACAAAUCGCUGGUGAGGAGGCUACUACUAAUAGUGAAGGCCUACGUGAGGAGGAAAGUGAAUCGAGGGGAAGAGCUACAUAGGAACUUUGAUAAGCUAUUUAUUCGUUUUUUUUUCUUAUGUCCAAUAAAUGAAGACGAAGAAGGAGGGGAUAUCGGAAGCAACGAAGGAAAUGGUGUCGAGGGAACCCAUCUGAAUGAGGAUAUAUGGAACGUACUACGACUCAUCCCUGUGUCAAGGCGCUACAAACUCUACACCAAAUUUUACAGCAAGGUGAAGAAGUACCACAAAGUUCUCUCCAAGCUGGCGAUAGAUGUGAAGCCAGACACGGAUGACGCCAACGUAGAAGGAAAUACAACCACAUCUGCUCCUCUCUUGCCAAACGAUAAGGCCGCUAUUGUUCUCUCCAGUAUAAACUUCGAGCUAGCCAAAAACAAAUUGAGAAAAAUUAUCAAAAGAAUUACAUCAGAUAUACUGAAGGAUAGAUACAGCAACAAAGUGCAGAACAUCCUAAAGGAGCUAACAGGGGUAAUAAAUAGAAACCCCUUCAUUUCAUCUGACGUUAUUUUACAGCAAUGUGAACUCUUCGAUAACAAUAUGAUUAUAACCCUGUCCGAGUCGAUUAAAGAUAUACACAGUUUUUCUAGUGAUAUAUUUCUUUUUAAAAUUGUGGAGAGACAACAAAUGCUAAAUGUAAGGAACUAUCAAUUAAGCAAACAAUACAGUAUGAAUAGUUCAGAUUUGUUUGACGACUCUGUUUUCAAACCGAAGAAAUUAAUCAACCUUUCGCUAGUCAGUGCCAAGUUUUUGUCUAAACAUCCUUUUGUGGAUUUCUAUCCACUUAUCAUCUCCACCGUGAAGAGGCUAUUUUCGGAGCUGCACAUCUCGGAGCAACUUUUCCUUAGAAAUAGGAUGGAAAAACAGAAGGGCAACGAGGGGUUUAUUUCCAGUUGCGCAGAAGGAUAUGUAAAAGAUGAACCAAAUGAAGGGAAACAACCAUUGCAGUAUAGUGAAGAAUUCAAGGUAAGCAUCCUAAGCGCAAUGAAUGUAAAGUACCCAGAUGUUAUGAGCGGAUAUAUUUUUGAUAUAGACUACCUACAGAAGCUGAUUGAGAUUUACGGAGGGACAAGUGCAUCCGUAGAUGUACAGGAGCUGAAUGAGGACCAACUAAAUGCGCAGUGUGGACUCAAGGUACUGAAAAAAGAAAUAAUGAUUCUGGAAGAAAAUUUCAAUUAUAAUAUGAACAACGUAGAAUAUGAAAAUAUAGAAAAAGCUGAGAUGGAUGAUGAGAAGCUACAAAGACAUUGUAUUGAAAAUGCAACGAAGAAUCUCUCCAACCCUAAUGUUGUAUACCUCUUCUUAUGUACUUUGUCUAAAUUGAAAUACGAAUACCUAUUCGAUAGUAAUACCAAUAACUUAAGAAACCUCUCCUCCUUGGUCGAUAAAGUCGAUGCAGUUCUCCUACAAUUUAUCAAUUUCCUCCAAACCAACACAGAACCCUACCUCUAUUUAACCUACAUUCCAAGCAUCACCUUAAUUUUUUCCUACUUUAACAUUUCGCAAUCCUUCCAUAUCAUAAGAUUUGCCUUCCCUUUCUUCGAUGAAAAGGGGACUACAAAGAAACAGCGCAGGUCAUCUUCCCCUUUGGCACGCGGAAAAGGUACUCUUCCAUGUGCAAGUGGUCCCUCUAAUACAGAUGAUCCCCCCAAUGUAGACGAUCGUGCUAAUGGAAACGACCCCGCUAACACAAACGAUACGGAUAAUUGCAAGUCUAGCCAAGGGGAGCGACGCCCCCACUUGUAUGAUGAUCCCACCUUCCACCACUCCAACGAGGAAAAGUGGAAACAAGCCAUCAUGCCAAUAGUGCAGAGAUACCUAAGCAUAGAAAACCUCAACGGAAUUAAUAUCGACUUUUAUCUGACCUACUGGAGACUAAGCAUCACAGAUAUCUACGUACCCCACAAACAAUAUCAAAAGGUGAUAGAGAAGUAUGAUUCCUACAUAAAGAAGCUAGAGAAGCAUCAUGAGGACAAUAAAAAAAAUGAAGACUACAAAUGGAUUCACAAGAAGUUGAAGAAGCUCCGUUCCAGAAGAGGAAUCAUCAACACGGAGUACCAGUAUCACAUUGCACACACAGAAAAAAUAAAAAAACACUUAUCACAUGUAGUGGACCACUGGGUUAACCCACAACAAAUUGACCUGACCACUUUCACAGCUUUUGUUAAAUGUCUCAUCGCCCCGAGAAUAUUAAACAAUGAAAAGGAUUCUCUCUUCUGUUCCAAAUUCAUACUCUUGUUAUUAGAGUUCCGAACACCUCUUUUCAAUUUCUGCCUCCUCACCUAUGUAUGCAUUAAAAUGCUCAUGCCAAUAAUAAAUGCCUGCACGGAGAAGGAAGCUCUAAAUAUUGGGCUCUUUUUUAAUGAGUUGUUUUCCUACGUCUACCAGCUAUGUCAUGAUCCAAAACAUUUUAAACUCGUCUCAGAAGAAAACCCAUGCUUUAGUAGCACACUGAACUUCGAGUCAAAAAUUACUAUCGAACAUUCCUGCAUCAUUGGAAAGGUCGCCAAAUGGGAGAAGCUCCUUGUUUCUCUUCUCUUCGAAAAUGACAACUAUCAGAAGUCAUGGAUUAAUUCAAAAUCGGUUGUCAUCUUCCUAUUUCGCGUUCUUCAUUCCUUUCCCUACUCAAACAAAGUGAAGAAUUCUAUAAGGAAGUACCUACAGAAUCUGCACUCCUUUGCGCAGAACCGUGGGUGGAAAGAUAUCGCUAUCUCGGUCAACAGCUUGAAGACCAUCAUGGAGAGGAGCCGAAAAGCGGCUGAGAAGGAAAAAAAAGAGGAAUCCGAGGGAAAAACCCAGGAAAGUAAAGGCAGCUCGUCCAAGACAAGCGCGCCCGCGAUAAACCCAGAAGGAAACGUUACCAUGAACCCCUUCAACACAUCCAACCCAGUACACAUGAACUCGAACACCAACUUCGUUCCCAUGACGAAGAACAUGUACAAUACAAACAUGUACCCCGUUUUGCAACACUCCAUGAGCAUGCCUCCGAAGCCCUACAUGAAGGACAACCCAUUUAACAACAAAAUUCCUUCAUCACAGGAUCCGAAUAACAUCAUGCCCCUGUCUUCAAUUAACCCAAACAGCCUUAACAUAAAUAACGACAUGAACAAACGAAGAGAUAUUUUCGGCGGCAUGCAAAGCAAUGCAAAUUCCUAUCCGCCCCCACAUCCCUCCUCAUUAGUUCAUAUGAAUGACAAAAAUAUGAUGAAUAAAAAUAUGAGAAUGGACAAUCGCCCUAUGCACAAUGAGGGUAUGAAUUAUACUAUGCCCCAAAACUUUAUGGGUACGCGUUCGUACAUUCCUCCACCUAUGCAUGACAUGUCCCAAAAUCAGAUUUUUCCAAAUGUGCAUCAUGGUCAUAUGAAAACGAACAGAAAUUCGAACACCUUCUCGCGAAGAUAG